AUGGAGACUGACAGAUCCCCGGUUGCAUUUGAACAUAUCACAGAAGACAACGGAACAGCGACGGAGGAAAGCGCGAUUUGCUCGGCAACGCCAGUUUCACCAAACACAAAUGAUUCGCUGACACUUGAGCAACAAAAUCAGCAGGAUUCCAAAACUGACGAGAAACCUUUGAAAUGCGCAGAUGUCAGCUUGACUUUGAGCGAUGAUGUCAACGGAGGCCCAGUUUGGCUGCAAAUCGAUGGAGAAACUCUCCAUCAAGUCGAAGAGAAUCCUGAAAAGAGAUGGAAACCCGGAUGGGAAUGGGUAAAGAUGGCAUGCACCUAUGGUGUAGGUGGGGUGAUUUUCAUACCUAUCAUUGCUGUAGCUGGCGUAGUCAGCCCUCCUCUUCUCCUUGCACAGAAAUGGACGACCGGACGAAGAAGUGGUAAAUACUCUGCCAUUGGCUUAGGUGUUUUUGUUGGGACACUAUUCCUCCCAAUCCUGGCUCCCUGGGGAAUCUACAAGCUGUUUAAACAUCUCCAUUCAAAACUACCCGAGAAAGUUAACUAUUGGAUAAAUCGUUGGAACGACCAAGACGCAACCCUUCUUGGAGAACUCAGCCAUGAGGAUGGCUCAGUGGACUUUAAGAUUCCAGAAAGUAUUCUUAUUAACAUUGAUCAAGUUCAAGUCGACUAUCUGUAUCCUAAUCAAGAAGUUGCGAACAGAAAUCAGCUUGUUACACCUAAUGACCCCAUACAUGAUUAUUGGUCAAAUGUUAGCGACCAAGAAGAUGCAAACGAAUCCCAAGUAGAACGAGUCCAAGCGUUUUUAGAGGGAUUGGAAUACAAAAUCGGGCAUUCCGCCGACAAGGUGGAAGAAUAUUGCCGAGAAUGCCAGCUCAACGAUGGACAGUUGGUCGUAUCUGACGAUGGAGAUGAAUGUGGGCGCCUUGACACUCAGCUUUUAUGUGUCAGAAGAGUUGUGUCCGACACUAUAGUCAACGCGAAAAUAGCUGAAACAGAUUUUGAUAAAUGUAAAUUUGCCGCGGGCCUCUGCAGUAGUCGGUGUUUGAUUAAUCAAAGACCUCAUGAAGUAAGCCAAGCAUCCAGAGGAAAAGAUACUGAUGGAAAUUUAAAAAGCGGAAAAUCUCCAAGUAAUUCAGAAGAAAACUUUUCUAAAGCUCAGAUAGCAGCACAAAUAUCGGACAAAAGUUGUGCUCAUCUAUGUGAAGAUAUCAUGGAUCUUCCAGAAAUGGGACCAAAAGGUCAAGGAUCAGAAGGAAGUUGUGCUCCCCUGCAUACAGAUAAGAUGGACCUGCCUGAAAUGGGAUCAACAGAUCAAAGAUCAGAGGGAAUAUGUGCUCCCAUGUAUACAGAAACAAAAGACCCGGCUGAAAAGAGACCAAAAAAGAAGGCCAAACGAAGACGCAAAAAGCGAACUGGCGAGCAAGUGUCGACAAAAAAUCCCACAAGCCCUGCUACAAGCGAAGGCAAUAACACAUCGCAUCUACACUCUACAUCACCUUUUUUACAGGGCGAAGACAGCGGGGCAGAAAAAGAAAGGGCCACAGAAGUCCAAGAGGACAAAGAGAUAACACCUGAAAAGAAGCCUGGAGAAAUUGGAAAUGCUGUAACAGAAACCAAAAAUCCUUUAGCAGAUCAUUUGGUGGAAAAAAGUGGAAAUUCUAAAAUACAAAGAGUUAUUGAGCAGUUUGAAGUAAAACCAAACGAUGAACUAAAGCGCUGUCUUCACACGGCUCACUUUAAUCAUAUUGAUUAG